AAAAAGUAGGUGAAAUAUAAUUCCCCCAUUAACCUAGGAUUUACACCCUUGCUUUCAGGGCCGCGGUACAGGUACUUCUUGUAAUGAAAAUAGUCGCUAACAAAACCGCCCCUGUGAUCGCGCCUUAAAUCUUGCGCAUGCGCACAAGCGUUCAGCUCUUGCGCCCUCAAAAUUUCCAUUGACGCUGAAUACCGCGGUGAGUGUGGUGCCGUAGGCAGGUAUGACCGACCAGGUUCUGUGUUCACCUGCUCCUGAAGAAACACCACGCAAUCCUGACCAUCAAUGCAGCAUGACGCCCCGCCGUAAAAGGCGCCUAGUUCCCCGUUUGUCAGCCCUCAUCAUUCUACUCACACUGGGACUGUUUUGGAAUAUGAACUCCAGAAGUCUGCGUGUGAAGAAAGAUGUGAAACACGAUAUGGCAUUGGGUAACAUUCGGACACUGAGUCCCGAAAAUGCCACGAUACCUGGCAACCAGUCUAUUCCUACCGUGGAGGCGAUACCGGUUGUGAGUAAAAACGAAGUUCCCCAGCCUGGAAAGCACAGGAUCGUAAUCAUUGGCUCGGGACCCACUGCUCUCGGUGCUGCCCGGAGACUCUACGAUCUCAAAGAAGAGAAUAAUGCUGUCAUCACCAUUCUUGAAGAGGCGGACAGACCGGGAGGCCUAGCGUCUUCUGUCAGGGACAAACGUGGAUUUCUCUGGGACGUUGGGGUUCACGUCGUCUUUUCUCAUUACACCUACUUUGACCGAGUCCUGAAUAUGGCAGUCCCUGAGUGGAACUACCGGCGAAGGGCGUCAUUUGCAUUCAUGAAAGGAUCGGAUGCAAACGGGAGAUUCAUUCCCUACCCAGUUCAAAACAACAUCCACACAAUGGAUAGAGGAGAUCAACAGAGAAGCCUUCAAGGAUUAGAGGAGGUCACCAAAAAUUCGGCAACCAGCAAAAAACCCACCAAUUUCGACGAGUGGCUGCUGCAGAAAUUCGGAGCAGGUCUCACCGACAUUUUUAUGAGAAAGUACAACCGGAAAAUUUGGACCGUUAACACCACAGAAAUGAACUCAGCCUGGGUUGGUGAGCGGGUUGCGGUGCCAGACGUUGAGGAGAUCAAGGCCAAGAUUAGAGAGGUAGACAACGGAACCAACGCUCGGGAUUCUGAGUGGGGGCCCAAUCGUUUCUUCCGUUUUCCCAAGUACAACGGAACUGGUGGAAUCUGGGAGUCGGUUGCUAGACAACUUCCAAACCACUGGUUCAGAUUUCACGAAGAGGUAACUGGUAUAGAUAUCGACCGAAAAGUACUAACCGUUGAGGCUGGCCCAGGUGCCAAAAUGCAUCAUGUCUUGCAUUAUGAUACUCUGAUAUCAACAUCACCUUUGGAAGUCUUCAUGUCAAAUCUCCAAAGCAAUGACGUUUCUUUGAGGCAGAUGCAGGAACUAGCAGCCAGGCUGGUGUUCACUCACACUCACAUUGUGGGCAUAGGGCUCACAGGUCAGCUGCCCGAGACGCUCGCAGAUAAAUCCUGGGUGUAUUUUCCGGACUCUGAUUCUCCUUUCUAUCGCGUUACGAUGUUUUCCAGCUACUCAGACGACCAUGUGCCAAAGCCAGGCGCAUAUUGGUCACUCAUGUGCGAAAUAGCUGAGCCACAAAGAAGUUCAAACCGGACUUACUGGAGUAAGGAAAACCUAAUCAAGGAAUCCAUCCAGGCCUUAGUCUUGUACGGGUUCAUCACUGCUGACAUGGUGGUCUCCAAGCACUACCGUCGCUUGGAGCAUGGUUAUCCCGUGCCUUCUCUCACAAGGGAUAUUAUAUUAGACAUAAUACAACCUUGGCUCAAAACCAAGGACAUUUACUCCCGAGGAAGGUUUGGCGGCUGGAGAUACGAGGUUGCAAAUCAAGACCAUUCUUUCAUGCAAGGGGUCGAAGCCGUGGACAGUAUUUUAGGCCGUGCUCCAGAGAUAACUUAUAUUAAUCCAAAUUUCGCCAACUCCAAGAAGAACUCGGACCGCGUCCUCCCUCUCAACUAUGAGCUUGUCAUUGCUCAUUACAAAGAGAACCUCGAUUGGCUAAAACCAUUUGCCGACCACACCCUCGUGUACCAUAAAGGAAACGAACUGGGACCGCCCUUCCAGUUCUUCAGCUGGGAGCGACUCCCGAAUGUCGGGCGCGAGUCGCACACGUACCUCCAUCACAUCAUCACUUUCUAUCACCAUCUCCCGGACAUCACCGUUUUUGCGCAGGGCGACAAAAUGUCCGGCCGAUGCUUCCAAAAUCCGCUGGAAUACAUUGAGUCCGCCAGAAAGGGUGUGCCGUGCAUCAGGCUGCGCGACAAGUACAGGGAGUGGGGAAACAUGGUGUUUCCACCUGAGUACCUGGAGUAUCAUGCAAAUCGAGGUGACCCAAUUCAGAGAACAAAUGUUACCUUCGGGCAGAUGUAUCAAGACCUGUUUGGGCGGAAACCACCCAGGAGGGGGAUACGGUACUGCUGGAACGCAUGCUUCGGGGCCACUCGGCAGCAGAUUCUGCGACACCCGCUAGAGUUCUACCAGAAAGCUCUGGCCUAUGUUAGCAAAUAUUCCAAUCAAGAAGAGUGUCAUUACCUCGAGAGACUGUGGUAUCACUUCUUCGAAGGGGUCGAUAAGACGUGAGGGGCAUACAUCCUUUGAAAUGAAGUGAUGAGAUGUUGAAUUCAAAGUGACCCUUACUGCUCGAUGUGGUUUUUUUGUAUACUUUCACGUUCCCUGCAUGUUUGUGAUUAAUUUGAAAGGUUACGGACAGUUAAAGUUGUUAAUUAAAUUGUUGGAUUUACAAUGUUUUUAGAGACAAAAAUACUUGAGAUAAAUUCUUCGUUUAGUUCCAUAGUUUUGCCUUCAUGAAAGGUUCAGACAAAAAUAGAUUUAAUUCUAAUCUGAUCAACUGGAAGACUUAAUUUCCGAAUUUGGGUCACUCUGUAAUGCUUUAUCUUUUUGUCCAAUAGUUUGGUGGUCAUGUUGUCACGAACAAAUUUUGUGUUUUAUCUCCCUGUCAGAGCCUCUCCCCAUUACCCAAGAGGAGUCCAUUGUUGGACCUUCCCCGAGCCGUUGGGGUUAACUCAAUUCCAGUGCCAAGGUGUUAGCUGCCCAACUGAAAACCUUCAUUUAGCCUCUAAUCGCUAUCGGUAUGUAAAAUCAUAUUGAGGUCUGAGAACUUUGACCUUUUAUUUCUCUCAAAAAAGGACAACAGUCGCAGGUGAUGAAAUCAAGGGAAUCAGCUCUUGAUAAACUAAUUUCAGUGUACAAAGCCCAAACAAGACCCACCAAAACCAAUUGUCUUCCACCAAGAAGUCGACCUUGAUGUGUUAUCAUCACUGCCCUUCACUUACAAUACCAGUACUGGAAAUUAUAUCUUCAUUGAAUUCGGACUUGAGGUGUAGCUGCAAUGAAUUUCCUGUGAAAAAAUUUUUCUGCCACUUCCCACUCUUGUUCAAUGUAUGACAACAAAGUGCUUCCUCUAAUAGACAUUUAAAUUAGCCAUACUUUGCAGGACAACUGAGGGCGCUGUUGCUGUUGUAUCUGUUCAAAUUAUGAUUCCAGAAUCAUUUCUACUCGCUGAAAAUAUUUCUGAGAACUGUUUGCUUGUUUGUUUAUUGCUUUGUACUUACACAACAAUGAAUCAUCAAAGAUGAGACUCAGCAAAAUCAAACAUGCAGGAUUUUCGUGUACAAACCAGUGCAGCAUUAAGCUUUCUUCGUGAGAUGAUAUCAUAGGUUUGUCUCAUGAAUAUGGUAAAAGUAAUAAAAAGACGCUAAAAUACCCUCUGACAUAGCGAAUUAAAAGUUGAAAUGAAGUUACUGAGACACAAAGGUGGGUUUUAGAGUUUUGUAUUUAAAAAGAAUUUGCGGCAGCCCUCUAAGUUUGAGGUGUAAUGGCUGCUGCAGAUUCAGUCACCGAGUUACCAGCAUUAGGCUAACAAGCAAAACAGAGAGAUUAAAGUAUAUUUGAAAUGCAGUUAUAUACCUUAUUAAACGAAAAGCCCAACCAUGUUGGCCUAGGAAAAUUACUUUAUUUCGUUUGCAACUCCUUCCGAAAUAGUCUCGUUUUUUUCUUUUGGACUCGAAGGUUUUGUUGUAGAUGGGCCUUCUUUCAAUUAGAUACCGUUAUUCCAUUGUGUAACAUUGUAAUAAAGUUCCACGAGCACAUCUGUCCCAUCGCAUUAGACCAAUUUUCAUGAAAGAAUUAAACAAGAGCCUUUCUUAUAUUAAACAA